AUGUCCAAUGCCAGCUCCAUCACAGAGUUCCUCCUCCUGGCAUUUACAGACACAUGGGAGCAGCAGCUGUUGACCUUCGGGCUCUUCCUGGGCAUCUACCUGGCUGCCCUCCUGGGCAAUGGACUCAUCAUCACCGCCGUAGCCUGUGACCCCCACUUCCACACCACCAUGUACUUCUUCCUCCUCAACCUCUCCCUGCUCGACCUGGGCUCCAUCUCCACCACUCUCCCCAAAGCCAUGGCCAACUCCCUCUGGAACACCAGGGCCAUCUCCUACUCGGGAUGUGUUGCUCAGCUCUUUCUGUUUUCCUUCUUGCUUGGAGCAGAGUAUUGUCUCCUCACUGCCAUGGCCUACGACCGCUACGUUGCCAUCUGCAAACCGCUGCACUAUGGCACUCUCCUGGGCAGCAGAGCUUGUGCCAAAAUGGCAGCAGCUGCCUGGGGCAGUGGGUUUCUCAAUGCUGCCCUGUACACGUCCAGCACAUUUUCCGUACCUUUCUGCCAAGGCAAUGCUGUGGACCAGUUCUUCUGUGAAAUCCCCCCGAUCCUCAAGCUCUCCUGCUCAGACGCCUACUUCAGGGAGGCUGGGGUACUUGUGGUUAGUCUCUGUUUAGCCUUUGUUUGUUUUGUGUUCAUUGUGGUGUCCUACGUUCAGAUCUUCAGGGCCGUGCUGAGGAUCCCCUUUGAGCAGGGUCGCCACAAAGCCUUUUCCACCUGCUUCCCUCACCUGGCUGUGAUCUCCCUGUUUAUCACCACUGCCAUGUUUGCCUACCUGAAGCCUCCCUCCAUCUCCUCUCCAUCUCUUGACCUGGUGCUGUCAUUUCUAUACUCAGUGGUGCCUCCAGCAGUGAAUCCCCUCAUCUAUAGCAUGAGGAACCAGGAACUCAAGGAUGCUGUGUGCAAACUGAUGACUGGUUGCUUUUCAGAAGCAGCACUGAACUGCCCAUCAUCCCCUGCACAUCACUAG